AAGAGAUGGUCCCCUCCAAUACCCAAUAAUUUUUUUUUGUUUUUAAGUUGAGUGGCAUUCUGUGGAUCAUGAGCUUGGUGCCCAAUUCCAGCAUCUCCAUCCCUUCCAACUCGGGCACCAGUGGAUCUGGAAGUGGCUCAAGUGGAGGUGGAACAGGCAAUGUGUGGGUAACUCCUCUUCUUGGUGCAACCCUGAUCACCAUGUGCAUCCUUGGCAUGGUAGGAAAUGUUUACACACUGGGUGUGAUGCGCUCUGCAGUUUUGCGGCGCUCUGGUUCCAUGUAUGUCUUCAUUGUUAAUCUGGCAGCAGCUGACCUGCUCUACCUGGGCACAAUCCCAUUUGUGGUAUGCACCUAUUUUUUCCAUGACUGGUUCUUUGGUGAGACGGGUUGUCGGGUCUUGCUUAGCCUUGACCUGCUCACCAUGCAUGCCAGUGUCUUUGCCCUUGUGGCCAUGAGCCUUGAAAGGUAUCGUGCCGUGGCAUCACCAUUCCGUGCCCGUCGCUCAGCCACUGACUCUGCUCGACAUCACUGGCUAGCAGCUCUUGCCAUUUGGGGUGCUGCCUUGGCACUCACAUUACCCAUGAUGGUGAUGAUCAGACUGCGGGAGGGGCGUCCUGGAGCCUCCGGUCUUGUCAAGCGCAUCUGCUUCCCCACAUGGACACCUGAGGCUUUCAAAGCCUACCUCACUGUUCUGUUUUUCACUAGCAUGUUGGUGCCAGGGCUAGUCAUGGUGGUCCUUUAUACAGGGUUGGCUCGACGCUACUGGACCGCGCAGUCCAAUCUCACACGUGGAGGAGCAGAAAACAAGAACAGCAUCCGCCUUUCCAUCUCUCCUUGCUCGUCUAGGCGAAAAAGGCUUAAGCACAAGGUGGUCUGCAUGAUCUUCAGCAUUGUCGUGGCUUAUUGGGCAUGCUUCCUGCCUUUUUGGGGUUGGCAGAUGGCCAAACUUUUCUCAGCCGAAUCCCUGCGCUCACUGACACCUGCCACACACACCUAUGUCAACUUCUUUGUUACAUGCCUUACAUACGGCAACAGCUGUAUAAACCCGCUGCUCUACACGUUGCUCACCCGCAACUAUAAAGACUACCUGGCACAAAGAGGACAGACUUCAGGCUCCAGCCGUAUUGACCAUGGCUCAGGGUCAGGCAUCAAUGAUCUGUAGAUUCAAUUAUCUAUAAGGGGAAUGGCUGACAUGAAAAACAUAUUCCUAGUAUUAUACCGCAGCAACAAAUGGUUAUAUCUCAUAUAUAUGUAUGUUCAAAUCAUAUGUCAGGAAUACUUUCGUUGUUAUCCCAUCCACCUCUAUGCAGACAGAACAAUGAAAUAAUGCCCACUCAGGACCAGGGUUCAACACAAGCCAAGGAUACCAAAAACUAUGAUUGGAAACCACUGUUUCAUAGAUUAUGCAAUAACACGGGCAACUACCAGAUCAAUUUUAAAUUCAUCUGGAAUUUUGGAAAAAAGCCCGGUAUGCGAACGACAUCCAAUGUAAUGGACAGCUGAUGAUUUAGAUAAGCUGCUUGACACAACUUUCUGAACCUAAAGGUUGCAAUGGAUUCAUCUUAAUUUGUGACAUGGGCCAUUGUUAGUGCUUUGUUGAUAUUUAAGAUAGAUUAUCUUCAUUAUGUUUGAUAUGCUGGAUAAUGUUAGUGUAAUGUGUCUGGACCGGUCACUCUCACACACACAAGGACCACACGACCACUCAAUGAAACUCAGCUCUUUUUACUGUAAGAAAAGAAAUAAAAGUUGA